UCCAGCACCCCGGUCGGCCGUGAUGCACACUGGGAAGGCACCAGUACCAGAUCCAAGAUGGCGGCCAGCAGGAGGCUGAUGAAGGAGCUUGAAGAAAUCCGCAAAUGUGGAAUGAAAAACUUCCGUAACAUCCAGGUUGAUGAAGCUAAUUUAUUGACUUGGCAAGGGCUUAUUGUUCCUGACAACCCUCCAUAUGAUAAGGGGGCCUUCAGAAUCGAAAUCAACUUUCCAGCAGAGUACCCAUUCAAACCACCGAAGAUCACAUUUAAAACAAAGAUCUAUCACCCCAACAUUGAUGAAAAGGGGCAGGUCUGUCUGCCAGUAAUUAGUGCUGAAAACUGGAAGCCAGCAACCAAAACCGACCAAGUAAUCCAGUCCCUCAUAGCACUGGUGAACGACCCCCAGCCCGAGCACCCUCUUCGGGCUGACCUAGCUGAAGAAUACUCUAAGGACCGUAAAAAAUUCUGUAAGAACGCUGAAGAGUUUACAAAGAAAUAUGGGGAAAAGCGACCUGUGGACUAAAAUCUGCCGCGAUUGACCCCAGCGAGUGUGAGCAGAGACCCGAGCAGUGCAUUCAGACACCUCGCAAAGCAGGACUCUGUGGGAAAUUGACAUGUGCCACCGCCUGGCGUCCGCUUGUGGCAGUUACUAACUUUCUACAGUUUUCUUAAUCAAAAGUGAUAUAGGUAACCUGUAAAGAAAGGAUUAAAAAUUUAAGAUGUUCUAGUUCUGCUCUCUUUGUUUUAAAAAUCACUGCUUCAAUCUACUCUAAAAGAAUGGUGUUUCUUUUCUUGGUCCAAAUUUAUCCAGAAUCUUCGAUUUACAUUUAGACCAUAAGAUUUAACAUAAAACGUUGUGGUUCCCUUUCUGCCCCUGCCCUUUCAACUCUCACUUUCUUGCAUUCAGUUUGUUUCCUUUACUCACUCACUCCCCAGACUCAGGACCUGUCUCCUCCACAAAGGGGAGAGGCAGCUCUGUCCAGUCUGGUGGCUUCUCUCCUCCCAUGUUGCGCUGCCCAGUGUGGGAGUUUGUUCAAAUUCUACUGGUUCCAGUUUAUAACAUCCUUUUUUAAAAAUUUAAAAACAAGCAACCUAUCACCACCAUCCCCCAAAAAAAAGCUGUGAAAAGGGAGGCCCAGCUCUUAUGUAAAAACCUGGCCAAUGUUGCCACAAUAACAUGGAUUAAAUGGCAACCCAUGUGUGUGUGUGUGACUGAACUCUAGCCUGGCCCGGCUUGCCUGGAAAAACCCUACAACAUCAGGCCCGCCGCCCGCUGCCACCCCAGGGGAGGGCCUGCCAGCCAGAGGACACUGCACUUGUGUGAGGGAUUCCUCAUCAGAGAGGCUCCUGAGGUCGAAGGUUGGCACUCCUCCCUGCAUCCAUUUUAGAAGACGUGUUGGUCAUUGCAGACAACGCUGAAGCCAGAAUGUCAUUUGAAAUCCCAUGGUCACCUGUCAGCAAGCUCCAUCCAAACGUGCCACAGAGCUCACUCUCCAACUCCUCAGUGCAGCAGCCCCACCUCGGCCCGCCCUCAGCACAGCUGGACUCCGCGGGGUUGGAACUGGCAGGACUCGGCUGUAGCCAGCACCAGUCUGGGGUCCCUGGAGCCCCACUGGCCUCCUUCAGAGCAGCGGGCAGGGCCAGCCCCGCCCAGCCCAGGAACAGGACGGCCUUCCCUCUCUCUCCGGACUCACAGCCUUUGCAGAGUCAAGCUCCACUUGAAGCUCACUCAGUAAUAUCCUUUACAUGUGUUUUAUAUUGUUUUGACUGCCUUUUUUUUGUAGAAAUAAAAUUGACCUUAGAAUUUA